AUGGUAUUCUCAGUCAACGACAUACCUGACCUGAAGGGCAAGGUGGCUCUGGUCACUGGCGGCAACGCUGGUGUAGGCUUUGAGACAGUCAAGCAGCUGGCCCGCAAGAAUGCAAAGGUCAUCCUCGCCGCUCGUUCGCCUAUCAAAGCCAAGAAAGCUAUCCAGACGAUCAAGGAUGAUUAUCCGAAUGCUGAUGUGGACUUCCAGCUGCUAGAUCUCAGCGACUUGACGAGUGUUCACAAGGCGGCGAAGGAAGUGCUCGACAGCUGUGAUCGUCUCGAUAUCCUAGUCAACAACGCGGGCGUCAUGGGUCUGCCCUACGAGCUCACCCGGGACGGCCUGGAAGUUCAGAUGGGCACCAAUGUCAUGGGUCACUACCUUCUCACUCUUCUUCUCCUGCCCCUGCUCGUCAAGACAGCUGAGGGCAGUGAGUAUAGCAAGACGGGAAGGAGUGUGCGGAUUGUCCACCUCGCCAGUCUCGGCCACUGGUUCUCACCUUUCGACGCCUCCUUCAACGAUUUCGACGAAUUCAACAAGCAGCACUGGCCCGAAUGGCUCGCAACGCAUCAUCGCUACCACAAGUCUAAGGUAGGCAACAUGCUUCUCUGCCAAGAGUUUCAAAAGUGUGUUCCUGCGCACGUUGCCAUCACCAACCUCUCACUUCACCCUGGGACCGUGGCUACUGAUCUCUUGAAGGACCUGGAUCGCUCUUAUUCGCCACGGCUCGCAAGCACAGUUAGAUGGGUCGCAAGCAAGGUUCUGACUCCCGUUGCCCAAGGUGCUCUCACCCAGCUGUAUGCUGCAACCAGCCCAGAGGUGGAUCGACUCGGCCUCAAGGCCGAAUACCUCGCGCCCGUUGGAAAAGUGGCCAUGAAGCGCCCUCUUGCAGCCGACAACAGCGGAAAGCUGGGCAAAGGGCUCAUGCUUUUCUGCAAUGAUUAUACCAAGGCUCGUCUGGGCGUCGAUGCGGAAAAGGUGCUGGGCGAGGCUGGACUGAAAUGGCCUUACUGA